GAGGACUUGGAAAUUCAUCCAUCUGGCCAAUUUGGAUAGAUCUGGACAUCACCACUCGCUCCAUUUCCUUUUCGUCUCACCAUGGCUAAGAGUGCAGAAGUAAAACUGGCCAUCUUCGGCCGUGCUGGAGUUGGGAAGUCGGCUCUCGUUGUGCGUUUUCUGACCAAGCGGUUCAUAUGGGAGUAUGACCCUACUCUUGAGUCCACUUAUCGUCACCAAGCUACUAUUGAUGAUGAAGUUGUUUCCAUGGAAAUACUAGACACAGCUGGGCAGGAAGACGUCAUUCAGAAGGAAGGACAUAUACGAUGGGGCGAGGGCUUCGUGCUGGUCUACGACAUCACUGACAGAGGGAGCUUUGAAGAGGUCCUUCCACUUAAGAACUUGCUGGAUGAAGUCAAAAAACCCAAGAAUGUGACUUUGAUCCUAGUUGGCAACAAAGCGGACCUGGACCACUCCAGGCAGGUUAGCACGGAAGAAGGGGAAAAGCUGGCCACAGAACUAGCUUGUGCAUUUUAUGAGUGCUCAGCUUGCACUGGGGAAGGAAACAUCAUGGAGGCCUUUUAUGAGCUGUGCCGGGAAGUGCGGCGCCGGAAGAUGGUCCAAGGAAAGACCCGGAGACGGAGCUCAACCACGCAUGUCAAGCAAGCCAUUAACAAGAUGCUGACCAAAAUUAGCAGCUAAAUAUAUAUUUUCAAAAGGUUAAUGCAGAAGAGGUUAUUCUGGGCUGUAGAGGGAUCCCUGUAGAGGGUUCCAGCACAGUUGCUCAACAAGGUGGUCAAAACUUUGCUGUUUUAUUUUACUUUCUUUAAACCAUCACAUUCUUCUUCAUGACUUUAAAAAAGCAGAACAAGUUUUUGGAAUAUUCCACUCCUGUUUAGUCCAUUGCCAAAUCAUAUUAUUUUAAAAAAUAAUUCACAGAGUAGCUUAGAAAUGGGGGAACAGCUCAGAAUGUGACCGUAGGUGACUGCUUCAGCUGCAGCCUAGCAUGUGUCCAUGUUGUUAUUGUAUGAUGACCUGUCACCGGCUAAUAGGUGUUAUGUCCACUGUGGUUUUAUCAGGAGAAAUAAAUGACCUCAUAGGUGACUUACUACAAUCUCCUCCAAAGGGUCACUUCACAAACCUUCAAAACUCUGUAACCUCCAGAAAAAUGAAUGAGGAGAAUUUUGCCACAUGCCUGUUAGUGAUCAGAAAUCCAAGAAAGUAGACGAGGUGUUGACUUACAACCUCUACAACAUUGGGAAGGCGCUGCAAGAAGUCAGCUUAGCAAAUGUUUGCGUCGGGGUAGGCAGCACAUGGGCUGCCUGCGGUCCCUCUGCUAGAGACCCUGCUGCCCUUGAAUUUAGGGGGGGAAUCCCUGUGGUGCUGCAUGUAGUGUUGCAGAACACCAAAGGUGCCAAACGUAGCUGGUGAGCACGCUCAUGGGACCCCUUUGGUGCUCCAUAACAAUGCAGACAUCACGAAAAAAUAGCUUUGUAUUUUGACAUCCCAGAGAGAACGGCCCAUGGAGGAGAGGGGUUCUCAUGGACAGAUAUGGCCCUCUGACCUCUCAUGGUUGCCCCCCCACCGGUCUUCAUGCUCAUUGUUGGUAAAGCGGCCAUCUCUAUUUACCUGUAGGCUGUUGGCAAGCUAGUAGAGUCUUUAUGAACCUGGCGGUCCAUUUUUUGGACUGCAAGGCCUUGGUUUCAUCUGUUUCUCAUCACUAUAUUAAUGCAUGGUUAUUUUCAAAAACCAACAAACAGGUAAUCACAACAAUGUUGCUGCUUUUAUUGUGUCACUUUCCCUGGACCGUUGAAUGCCUACAUUUUAGUGGGACAUUUUCUAAAGCUUAGCUAGUGACAGUCCUUUGACAACUUUAUAGCAUCAACUGUACUUGUUAUGUUCAAGAUUAUUUCCGUGCUGCUUUUUGGACUCCAAAGUGGCCCAUGAAAGUUAAAAUACCAAAUGAAACAAUGACAUAUCGAUUGCAAAUAAAUGGCAUAAAAAGGCA